AAAUUUAACAAAAUCCUACGAAUUCUUAAAUUUUGACUGAAUUAUCUGAAUUUUUUAAAAUUUCUUUCCUGGGAGACAACGAUCUUUUAUUCGCCAUGAGCUUCCUGUGCCCGAUAAAGAAGGCGGCCGGUAAACAAGAUUCGGAUGAAAGUGACAUCGGAAUGAGUCCCAGAACUUCGCCGGUGCGAAACCAGAAUUCAGGCAAAAAAUCCCCUGGUAAAACGAAGACGAAAUCCUUUGACGAUCCAAAAAACCUCCUUGGCCAAUUAGGGUCGGACCUCGCAGAAGGUACUUGCCCGAAAGCUAAUCCAAAAUUUGAGGCUGACAAAGGUAAUCUGAAACCAGUCCUCAAUUGCAGUUUCGAGAUGGAAACCUAUUCGAAGGAGCCCAGGAGAAUUGGACUUCGUUCAAAACCCAUGGAUGAAUCUUCAAGCGAAGCCGAAACUAGUACGGAAGUACAACUCUUACCUUCCAUAAGCAGCUUGUUAAGGCUGAAUGUUGAAAGACAGCCUCGAUCGCGCAGUGAGGAACGUAAGAAGAAAACUUUCUUCUCCGCCAAAGCGUCGUGUAUCGCAGGAUCUUCCACCUCCCGAAGUCUGGAGAGUUUAAAUUUUGAGCAGCCAAAAUCGGUUUUGAAAAAGACCGUUGACGGCAGACGGUCGGUUAAGUUUCCAAGGGUUGAUUCAGGAUCAUUGCGGAAUCUAAGGCGACAGGAAAGAUCACACCAUGUGCAGUCUACGAGUGCAGUUAAACGUUUGAAAAUGCCUGAACCGCGUGUGAGUGCAGCUUCAAUUAAUUUUGCCAUAUCCAUGCCAGAUCAAUCAUCCGACUCUUCUGUUAAGCAGAAGAUUUUAACAGAUGCUUCAUCCCAAUUGUCGUCUGGUCAAUUUGGUGGAGGUAAUGCGGCUGGCAUGAUCGUGCAAACUAAGUCAUCGUCAAUGGACUCCCGAAUUGAAAGUAGAAGCCAGGAUUCCUCUUCAACCGAGUACAGCACCACUUCCGCAUGUUCAAAUCCAGUCCGAAAUUCUACUCCUGUCGAUAGGAUGGAACGACUUCAACUGUCCGAAGGCACGAAAGGCAGAACAGACGGAACUCGCCAACGAACAUUGAGCUUUGUGGAAAGUUGUACCAAGUCAGAUUUUCUUCCAAGUAUAUCGUCAGUUGGAUGCAAUUUUGGUCUUUUGGAGUCCAAUGUGGACAGUCCUCUUCCAACCGAUCCAGUUCCAGGCACGAGAUUAGAUUCUACCGGCAAAACGACGACGUCGAGCAUGGGAAAAUCACGCCGGAUAUCUAUUUACAGCUCGCAAUGUUCGAAGGUAUCGGCCUUAGGUUACGUUCUUUGGAAAUCCAUGGAUGAUUUGUACAUGAAAAACGAACUUUCAGAACUCGAUUGCUCAUUGAGUAGGACUAGCUCUUCUGAUGAUAUUGAGUCCAACCGAGAUAUAGAAUCUUCAGUAUCAGACUGUAACUCUUCGUAUUUUGAGGGCGGAAAAUUCAUUUCUUGCCAAGGGUAUGGUGAAUAUGCAUUAGAACCAUCAGGAACCUGCGACAUCAUGGACCGUCUCGCCUGCCCACGAAAAGAUUGUACAGACUUUUGUUUACCUAGUCCUGGUGUUAUAAGUCCGUCUUGCCUGUCUUAUAGUCAAUCAGUAGUUCUAAUGAACAAAUUGGAAUGGCUUUCAUUUCUCGGUGGUUGUUCACCUGCGGAUGUCCAACAUAUUACUUCAGAAACUCCGCCACCUAGUCCACCUUACCCAGAGUCGAACUCGAACAAGAAUAGAGUGCUGGACGCUUUGGAAGAGUUAAUUUCUGAACAUCCAAUUGAUUACAACCGAAAACACUGCAAAAGACUCACCAGAACGAGAAAACGAACAGCUGUAACACCAGAACACGACGAUGUCAACAAGAUCGACAACGGCAACCAAGUUGUCCAACCAAGUAGUUCUUCCAAAGAAGUUGACUCGGGCAUUGCCAAUCGUUCUGUUAAAUCCCAAGGAGUCCCAAUUCACAUGACGGGAUCAAAGUUUCCUAGGAUCGUCGGGCUAGAAAACCGUAGCAAAACCACUUGUUAUUUGAACGCGGGACUGCAGUUGCUGGGCGUGGACGAAACUCUCUGCUGGGACAUCGGGAGACGAGUGCAGGACCUGGCAUCCUGCGGCAAGACGGAGAAGGAUCUGCCUGCUACGAAGGUUUUGUGA